CACGGGGAGGGCUCUGCGUUGCCACGCGGGGAGCGCGCUCUCCGGCCCGGCCGCGGCAUGCGCGCGCUGCUCGGCUUGCUCCUGGUAUUCGGAGGCUGCACCUUCGCGCUAUACCUGCUCUCCACGCGGCUGCCCUUAGGGCCGAGGCUGGGGUCGGCCGGGGAGCCCGAAGGCCGGUCACUGUGGUUCCCCUCAGAUCUAGCAGAACUGCGGGAGCUCGCCGAGGUCCUCCGAGAGUACCGGAAAGAGCACCAGGCCUAUGUGAUCCUGCUCUUCUGCAGUGCCUACCUCUACAAACAGGGCUUCGCCAUCCCUGGCUCCAGCUUCCUGAAUGUCUUGGCUGGUGCCUUGUUCGGGCCAUGGCUCGGACUUUUGCUGUGCUGCGUGCUGACGUCGGUGGGUGCCACGGGCUGCUACCUGCUUUCCAGUGUUUUCGGCAAACAGCUGGUCGUCUCCUACUUUCCUGAUAAAGUGGCCCUGCUGCAGAGGAAGGUGGAGGAGAACAGAAACGGCCUGUUCUUUUUCCUGCUGUUUCUGAGACUCUUCCCCAUGACACCAAACUGGUUCUUGAACCUCUCGGCCCCGAUUCUGAACAUCCCCAUCGUGCAGUUUUUCUUCUCAGUGCUUAUCGGUUUGAUCCCAUACAAUUUCAUCUGCGUGCAGACGGGCUCCAUCCUGUCCACCCUCACCUCUCUGGAUGCCCUCUUCUCCUGGGAAACUGUCUUGAAGCUGUUGGCCAUCGCCAUGGUCGCUUUGGUUCCUGGAACGCUCAUCAAAAAAUUUAGCCAGAAGCACCUGGCACUGAGUGAAGCAAGCGGCAAGGGCCGUGUGGACAGCAGGAAGGAGGCAUGACGGGGGCCGCCCCGUGUUUUCAGGGCCCCGGACUGUGCUUCUGGUCCUUUUAAUGUCCUCGAUGUAUUUUAAUUACCCUCAGAAGAUGAGGCGGACAGUGCUCUAGUGUUCUAGUGUGUGCAGAGGUCCGUUAGAAGGGCGUCCUGUCCCGUUAAGCAGGUUCUGUGAAAUGAACUGCUUUCUAGAAACAUCUAUCCAGUGUCUGUCACGCUUGCCCCUUGCCAGUCCCUGAGAUGUUUUGGGAGAAGAUGCUAGUGGCCGUUUUGGGCAGGCUGUAUGACAGGUGUGCUCCUGCUAGCACCCUGCGGAUGUUCGUAUCAGACAGAACCCUGUCCUCGGCUACUCUGUUGAAGAGCGUCCUCUCUACCUUCCUGCUGAUGAUCUACCUCUCCUUAAGCCAAGGGAACAUGACGAGAGCUGCCUGGGUCUCACACGAGCUUAAGUGCGAUGGUUCCUGCAGUGCCCCUGUCCACAGACACGUCUAUCCAUGGCUAAGCUCCUUGUGCUCACAUGUAUGUCUUGAUGUUAGACUGAUUUCAACGUGAUUAAAUAUGAAUGGAAGCCG